AUGGAGCACAACUCGGAAAGAGGACCGCAGGGUGAUGGUGUGCUUGGUGGUGUUGUUAGUGCUGGUGAUGCAGGUGUUGUGGCUGCUAAUGGUGGGGGUGCUGCUGUUGAUAGUGUAUUGAGACCAAAUAAUCAUGGUGAGGAUGUGGAGGAAAUGAAGAAAAAGAUGGAGUCGUUGGAAGAAAAACUGAAGGAGACGGAAGAAAAACUGAAGGAGAAGGGUGAAGAUUUUGAAAGCCUUCAAGAUUCAUAUCAAGCUCUACUUGUAAAGGAGAGGAACAACAAUGACCAGUUAGAAGAUGCUCGAAAAAAGCUAAUAAAUGUUUUGAAGGAUAGGCGGACUAACAUGAGGGCCUAUACUGGUGUCAAGCUGAUGGGAGACCUUAACCUCAAACCCAUAUUUGCUGCUGCAAAGAAAAAGUAUCCUCCUGCCGAAGUUGAAUUGAAAGCAAUGGAAUUUUCAUCCCUGCUAGAGGAGAAACUUCGGGAUCCAAACUGGUACCCCUUUAAGGUCAUAACAUUUGGUGAAGAUAGCAAGAGAGUUAUCAAUGACGAAGAUGAAAGCCUGGUGAUCAUAAAGAGUGAGUGGGGUGAUGAAGUGUAUAACUCGGUGGUGAAGGCACUAACAGAAUUAAACGAGUACAAUUCAAGUGGAAGAUAUCCCGUUCCCGAGUUGUGGAAUUUCAAAGAAGGAAAGAAGGCAACCUUAGGUGAGGGUGUCGAUUUCAUGGAAAGGUGUUGCGUGGCUGCUAAUGCUGGGGGUGCUCCUGGUUAUAUUGGUGUAAUGAGACCAAAUAAUAAUGGUGAGGAUGUGGAGGAAUUUAUUCCUAAAUAA